GAUGCUUUUUUCUACUCGCUGGUAUAUGACCCUCAGCAGAAGACUCUGCUGGCUGAUAAGGGAGAGAUCAGAGUGGGAAAUAAGUACCAGGCUGACAUCACUGACCUCCUCAAAGAGGGAGAGGAUGAUGGUCGGGAGCUGGAAAAACUGGAGGAGGUGGUGUGGGAUCCCAGCAACCCCCUCACCGAGAAACAGAUCGACCAGUUCCUCGUCGUGGCUCGGUCUGUGGGUACAUUUGCGCGGGCUCUAGACUGCAGCAGUUCAGUUCGGCAGCCCAGUCUGCACAUGAGUGCUGCGGCAGCCUCCAGAGACAUCACACUGUUUCACGCCAUGGACACGUUGCAUAAGAACGGCUAUGACAUGACACGGGCCAUCGCGGCGCUGGUACCCCAGGGUGGGCCGGUGCUCUGUCGGGAUGAAAUGGAGGAAUGGAGCGCGUCCGAAGCCAACCUGUUCGAGGAAGCGCUCGAGAAAUACGGCAAAGACUUCACUGAUAUCCAGCAAGACUUUAAAUCUCUACUUAGAGAAACAGGGAGGAGCCAGGCAUGGAAAAUGGGCACACCCUAAAGAAGUGAACCAGCUUAUUCAGGG